CAUGCGCAGUUAGUACCACGUCUUGCUGCAAGCUCGUAAGUUCAUUCACCAUCAGGGGAGUCUAUAGCAGAAUUCUUCUACUGUUCUUGUACAGCUUGUGGCCUUAUUUUGUUUCUUUUUUAUUCGUUUCUUUAUUCGUUUUUUAAAAUUUUCUUGUUGUUGUUGUUGUGUGCUCUUCUCUCGAUCGAGAGUCUGGACGGAGUCGUAGAAGGGGAAUCAUUGAGAGUUGAAGUUGCACGGGCACGGGAAGAUCACCGAGAGUGACAUUUCAGAAUAAUGCCUGUGUGUUCCUAGUGUGGAUUCGAAGCUUCGGUUUAAGACCAGGAAAUGAUGGUGGUGUUGUGGACGUGUUGAAGGCGAUUCGUAUCUGAGCGAUCCGUGGUUUUCAUCAUUUCCGACGAUUGAGCAGAUGUUGAUGUUAUUUGCGUGUGUGUGUGUGUGCGGGUGAAAGGCGUAGCGAGUGCGUGAUGCAAGGGAUGUGGAAAGCUUUUAUUCACUUAUUUUUUCGAGUGAACUACCUAGAGAUUGUGGAUUCGAAUCGGAGACCGGAUUGUAUUGUGUUAUUUUAUUUAGAAGGCUCUAGUUUGUACGUUCUCUGAGCGCAGAAUGAGGAGAAGAAUAUUAUGCGUGCGGCAUUUUGCGAGAUAAGAAGACUUCAAUAUAGGAGGAUCUGCUUUGCGCCAAUUCUUUCAGGCCAGUAAGAACUUUCUGUAUACUUUACUACCCUGUACAAUGCACGUUUUGGGCUUGCGAAGCAUCAUAUGCAUCCCUCAGUGAAUGAUGACAAGCAAAGGAGUAUCUACGGUUUCCUAAGGGCCACUACUUUCACUGCUUCUUGCUCGCUACACCUGCAACAAUACGUCACUUUCCGACAGGAGUGGGUAGAUCGGAGAGCUACUGCGCGACAUUGGAUUUCGACAAUGAAGGGAAAUAGUCUGGCGAUCUUUGUGGUAGUUUAAGCGUGAUUGGAUUUGGGGAUAAUGCUGUGCACCGUAAUAUGAAUUGCCCACAAAUCAAGACACUGACUAGGCAGGUUUCAUGAGGCUCAAUGGAUGUAGAGAUAGUGGUCGUCUUUCGUCCAACUUUGGCCUUAUAUCUAUCCACUCCCUCACGCGGUGACGUGCAGCUAACUGCAGAAUGGUGAGAACCUAUGAAAUGGUGGAUAUGGAAUUGGAAGUUCGAUCAACUGUUUUCUCCCACUGAAACCUCUCUACGAAGGAAUACCAAAAUUGGACGGAUUUUGAGGUGCAUGGUUUUAGGAUACAUGAAUGCAGAAGCUAGUCUUAUGAAGUACCAUCAGACAUGGAUAUUCAAAGAUGAAAAGAAUGUGUUGGAUAGAAGUAUUUGGUGUUUUCAUGGCAAGUUGAGCAGUAGAAGCCAAUACUCAAACAUAGGACCCUUGCUUUGGUCAUCUUGGUACAUAUUUUAGCUUCUAAUUGAGCUUCUUCCUGAGAGGAACCGGCAUUCUUUCAAUUGGACGUUUGCAUAGCGCUCUGUGGGUACGGGAGCCUUACUAGUCUCGUAAAUAUUACUAAACGAUCAAAGACCCAGCAGGGACAGUGAAAUUUAGUAGCGUUCACUGGGCUAUCUCCCCAGGAUUCAUGUGUUCAAGCGUCUGUCGCAAUGCGCAGCAAUCUCUGCAGUCUUGCAGGGUUGCUGCCUCUGCUGUUGUUGGCAGCAACUCUUGGAAGCUUUGGUUGUGAUGUGCCGGACGAAACAACAGGAUACCGGUUAGGUCACCCAUGCAAGAACCAUUCAAGAUUAGAAACAGUGCUAUCUUCUCGCCGAAGUAUAUGGGUUAGAAAACUCUCCCUAAGAGACUCUUCUUUACUUCGCUUUGCUAAAAGACGGCCUUCUCCUACGUCCUCUAAAACAGCCAACGAGCAGAAUUCUCCUGCUGAAUCCAUUCCUUCAACAGCUCCGUCUGGUCCAAGUGGUUCUCCUUUGGCAUCUGCAUUGGUUACUCCACCUGGAGAUGACACAUCUUUGGGGAGUUCUCACAAUAAUACAAAAGUAUCACCUUCACAAACCCCUGCAGCAGAUUGCCGCCAAAUUUGUCCAGAUGGCUACACAUACACACCACGAGGUUCGCCAUCAUGUAGCUGUGUCAUUCCUAUGCACGCACAAUUUCGGCUUGGAAUCAAGUUGGAGCAACUUUUUCCUCUGGUGUCUGAGCUGGCCACGGAGCUGGCUGAUGGAUUGUUCUUACAAACUAGUCAAAUCCGCAUUGUAGGAGCCAAUGCUGUUGAACCAAACCAGGAUGAGACAGACGUGACUGUAGAUUUUGUGCCGUUGGAUUCUGAGUUCGGUAAUACCACAGCACAACUCCUUGCCUCACGCUUGUGGAGUGGACAAGUUCCACUGGACGAGACAAUUUUUGGAAACUACCUCGUCAUUUUCGUUCGUUACCCAGGUCUUCCUCCUCCUCCACCUUCUCAGAUUCCUGGAAAUAAUGAUUCUCCGCUAGGUCCUGGUAACCAGCUUCCAUCUGGAGUGGAUCCGAACAGUAAACAUCAUAAGCUCAGCACGGGCAUUAUCCUUGUAAUUGUUUUGGCAACGGCUAUGGGCGUUUUGUCAUUUGUUUGUUUUGUGUGGCUCAUUCUCCUACGCCGCAGUUUGCAUAAAAAAUCUUCAUCCUCGGUUGUUAGCCCUUUACAUGCUUUUUUCAACCCUAAACCCGAAGGACUGAUCCAAUUGCGAAUGAACGCGUAUUUCAACUCUAAACCUGAAGGCUCAUUACUGUCAGAAAGUAUGGCAAGCUCUACAAUUUCUUAUCCAUCUAACGUGGAAAACUAUACCGGGACUGCCAAGACCUUCACUUUAUCGGAAAUGGAAAGGGCAACAGAUUAUUUCAGACCCAGUAAUGUAAUUGGCGAAGGGGGCUUUGGACGAGUUUACCAAGGGGUGUUGGACAGUGGUAUUGAAGUGGCUGUUAAGGUACUAACAAGGGAUGACCACCAGGGUGGUCGCGAAUUUAUUGCAGAGGUGGAAAUGUUGGGCAGAUUACAUCAUCGGAACCUUGUGAGGUUAAUUGGUAUCUGCACCGAGCAAAUUCGAUGCUUGGUUUAUGAACUCAUAACGAAUGGGAGUGUGGAAUCUCAUUUGCAUGGUUUAGACAAAUACACAGCUCCUCUCAACUGGGAGGCACGUGUCAAAAUUGCUCUGGGAUCUGCACGCGGGCUGGCAUACCUACAUGAGGAUUCCCAGCCCAGGGUGAUUCAUAGGGACUUUAAAGGAAGCAACAUUCUACUUGAAGAUGACUACACUCCUAAAGUAUCUGAUUUUGGCCUGGCGAAAUCGGCAGCCGAGGGUGGCAAGGAGCAUAUAUCUACUCGAGUGAUGGGCACGUUCGGGUAUGUGGCCCCGGAGUACGCUAUGACAGGGCAUUUACUUGUGAAGAGUGAUGUUUAUAGUUAUGGAGUGGUGCUUCUGGAGCUCCUUUCUGGACGAAAACCUGUUGACAUGUCUCAACCACCUGGGCAAGAAAAUCUAGUCACAUGGGCACGCCCCCUUCUUACAAGCAAGGACGGGAUUGAGCAGCUUGCUGACCCUUACCUUGGAAGCAACUUUCCAUUUGACAACUUUGCUAAAGUGGCUGCAAUAGCCUCAAUGUGUGUUCAACCGGAAGUGUCUAAUCGACCGUUUAUGGGUGAGGUCGUUCAGGCCUUGAAACUUGUGUGCAGUGAAUUAGAAUCUAGUGAUGUUGGGAGCAUGAGAGGAACAGUCUCGUCACAUUCUGACUUGUUAGACACACGGAAUCCUCAGUUCCUCCAUGACGCCUCGUUUAUAAGCAUUGAUUAUGACUCAGGACCACUCGAGUCCUUGGAUUUUGAACAGCGAAAGCCUUUCUCUGCUUCAGCUGUUGUGGCUGGUUCUGAACGGUUCUUUCGACAACUUUCAGGUUCAUUAAGACGUUACAUUGCUUCUCCUCCACCUAAAGCCUCUUCACUACCGAGAGGUUCAUGGUUUGGACUGGAACAUCCAAAUCCCGGAAGCAUUAGCGAUCACAGGGGUCCUAAAUAUUGUGAUCCUUAACAUAGGUUUUUGCUUAGUUUCGUAGUGGCAGUUGCGGAAACAAUAUAGCAGUCAAAUUAGUCCUGUUGGCUUCCGCUGUGUCAGCUUGUAUAUUGAGUUAGGUGUGUCCCAUUUAUGAGCCCUAACUUAGGGCUUUCGUGAUCCUGUAUCGUUCUCACAUUUCCAUGUCGUGCUCGGGUGUACAUGUUCAAGUAGUGCUCUCAGGAAAUGAAUUGCGUAAGUGUUGAAUCUAUCAUUUGACAUUUCGUUCACAGGUUUAUGAAGCUCAUGUUAAAAUGA